UACUUUGCUGUACCCGGCUGUCACCGGCAGUGCAGAUAAACGCUGGAUUUUGAUCUGUCAUCAUGUAGGACGACCAUAGGACGACAGAGGAAAGCGAACACCGGCAGCCUGGCUGUGUCUCUUCACGUGACUGUGUUCAGUCGGUACAGGUAUGUGUUCAGAGUUACCGGUAAACUCACAGCCGUUAACAGACUCAGUGACCGCUCUCUGACAGCAGUCAUCCUGAAAACAACACCAAAAAUGGAGAACUGUCCCGAACAACAGCCGCUGUUUACUUUCGGUGUGAUAGCGGACAUUCAGUACGCGGAUCUGGUUGACGGGUCGAACUACACCCGGACUAGAAAGCGGUACUACCGGAGCUCCCUCCAGCUGUUAAAAAACGCCCUGAAGAGCUGGAAUGAGGCGGCGGUGAAACCGGAGUUUAUCAUCCAGCUCGGAGACAUCAUUGACGGCUUCAACAAGAACCACGACGCCUCAGAUCGAGCUCUGGACACGGUGCUGUCAGAGUUCAGCUCCGGGCCCGCGGAGGUUCAUCAUGUGUGGGGGAACCACGAGUUUUAUAACUUCAGCCGGAGCGCGCUGCUGCGUUCAAGGCUCAACAGUACUUUACAUACAGAGAGGAGCGUGAACGCAGCACCUGCUGACAGUGAGAUCUACGCGUACAGCUUCAGCCCAGUGCCCGGGUUCACCUUUGUUAUUUUGGACGGGUAUGAUGUGGGUCUGCUGGGUAGAGAGGAGAGCAGCCAGCAGUACAAGGACUCUCUGAGCCUGAUCCGACAGCACAACCCCAACGAAGACCUCAACUGUCCAGGUACACCGCACUUUUUAUUAAUCUUACUGCCAUCAAAAUAUAUGAGUCUUUUUAUUGCAUCAAUACGGUGGCCGAGAACCGCCACUGCUGCAAAUAAAAAAAGAAACGGUGCAGAUGAAAAAAAAGGAAAAGCUGCAACAACACACACAAAAAAAAAACCAGUGGCAAUGGAAAAAAAGGUACAAAAUGUUUAAAAUUCUUAUUUGUUUUUUGACAGAAUUCCUUUUAAUUUUAUAUAUAUAUAUUUUUUAUUAAAUUGUUGAUACGUGUCCAAAUAACUUAUUUUGAAGAGAAAUGAUUUGGAAAAAAUGCUUGGAUUUUGUAUUUCCCCCCCUUUUUUCUGUUAAUUGUCAUUUGUUUGUUUUUGAGUUUCCACAUACAUUAUUUUAUUCUUUCUGAUUGAGAUUUUUACUGGCACUCUUAUAUACGGUGGCCGAGAAUCGCCCCUGCUGCAAAUAAAAAAGAAUGCACAAAAAGAAGUCACAACAGAUGUUACUGAUGCAAAAAAGCAAAAGCAAAAUGAAAUGAACUCCAAAGAAGAGUCUGGACCGAGCGUUGAAUUUAUAAGGUUCAGAGUUGUGAUCAACCAAAGGCCGUGGCUUCAAUCUAAAACAAAACUUUAAGAUUGAGAACUUUGAAAUAAACUGAAAGUAAAACUAGCUCGGAAAUCUCCGUAAAUUUACACAUCAUGUAAAACACAGGUAUAAGUUCUGAGAGAAAGAAUGAUAUGUCUGGUAAAACAUUGGCCCUCACCCUGUCUUUAGUGAUAUAGCUUUGACUUUAAAAGACAUUUUUAAGUUGUCUUUUGUAAAGAAUAAAUAAAAUGCAUUCUCCUCAAACUGACCAUCUUUGAUGUGAUCAUACCAUUUACAUUUCAUUAAACCUGAGCCAUAUCCCAAACAACACAGAUACUUCACAGUUAAACAAGUGUGUAGAUGGUGAUGAUGUUCUCUGUGUUUGUGUUUCAGUGUUUAAAGGUAUGGAGGAGAGAUACACAAUGUUUAAUGGAGGCUUCAGUAAAGUUCAGCUGGACUGGUUUGACUCUGUUCUGUCCCUGGCUGAUGAGAAACAAGAAAAAGUCACGAUUGUCAGUAAGUAAAGCUUCAGUUACAAACCUUAAUUCUGUCUUUUUCAAGUUCUUUUAGAAUUAAGUUUUGUAGACUCCGAAAUCCAGGAGUUAGUGAGGUCUCUAUCAUGGAUUGAUCAUAGGGAGAAACCAUUGUAACUCAAGUCUUCAUUCUUUUUGCAGCCAAAAACUUUGAUGUUAUCAUAUGACCGUGUUACCUGGCAUCAUACAGCUGUGGGAAACAGUGUUGACAUAAUCUUAGUUGAAGCUGAUGUAACGAACGUUUGAUUUGCUUUGAUGUACUCUUUAUUUUAAAGCCACUGUGAGGAGAUUUUAUGUUAUGAGGCUCAUGGUGCCAUCUGCUUUCAGGUGCUGCUUCACUUAAGUUUUUUUUUUCUUUUCCCACACAGGUCAUCUCCCAGUCCACCCUCGCUCCACCACUCCUAUCUGCCUUGCCUGGAACUACGACGAGCUGCUGUCCAUCAUCCGCUCUCACAGCUGCGCGGUGUGCUUCAUGGCUGGACACGACCACGACGGAGGAUACCACAGGGACAAAAAGGGGGGUGUGCACCACUUAACUUUAGAGGGGGUCAUAGAGACUCCACCUGACGGCAACGCCUUCGCCACCGUCUCUGUGUAUGAGGACAGGAUGGAGCUGAGAGGAUACGGGAGGGUCAGGGACCGAGUGUUGAUGUUUGCUCAGGACAAAAGCAACAUAGUAAAUGCAAUGACAGGUUUACAGAUUUCCUAAACCGUCUAUAGACUCAUUCUUUGGAUUUAGAGAAGGAUAUUGUAAAGCUGCUAUAUUCAGAGGUAUAUCUUUGCAUUUCUCAAAGAAGUCAGGGAAUCAUAUAAGCCACUUUGGAGGGAAAAAUACACAUACAUCUGUCUCCUUUCUGGUGACACACUCAAUACUCUGCUGUAAACUAGAGCUGGGUAACAAUUUGCAUUUUCGUAAAACAACUUAUAAUUUUACUUUACUCACUUCUGGUAAAAAGCAGCUGACAUAUCUCUGAACUUUUGUGGCUCAAAGUAAUGCCGAAGUUACACUCAUGCAUUGAAUCUGAUAGCCUUAAUUUUAAUUUUGAAAAAGGGGAAAAAAACUAACUCAGGCCCUUCUGACACUCCUGAAAAUAUCUGGAAGAUUUCAGGACAGCCUCCUAAAAAUGUUCAAGUUUUGUUUUUCAUACAUGAUCCUCACAGUGCGAAGUUUUCCCUGCUGGAUCUCUGUGAGAUGAUAUUGCAGGAGAGAUUUUUUUAGUCACAGGCAAAAUGUUAAUAUAAAAAGUUUGUGUGUUGGAUGUUAGAGAUGAAGAGGCUCAUGAGUUGCACCUGUCUGCUCUUAAGUUUGUAAAGGUAGAAGUCAUAAUACAAGUUAUUUUCUCUGCAACAUUAAUGUGAAGAUGAGAUGUACAACUGUGAAGGGAAGGGUGAGUGAAACUGCAGUCUUUAAGAGACAUCAGUGGAUCAAACACACCCGACACAUGAGCAGCAAAGAAAUAGAUCAACUUUAAAAUUCUGAAUCUUUUAUUUAAUUUUAAUCUCAAGCUCUACUUCAAACAACCACUAACUUAAACAUGUGCAAACUUACUGUUUUUAUUUUCUAUUAACCAAAGAUGUGAAUGUUCGGUAAGGUCUGAAGACUAUCAACUCCUCUGAAACACAGACACACUCACAGACACACUUUGUAUUUAUAAAUGCAGUGUGUCACAGCAUUUUACCUCAACAGAACAAGAACGGUACCUCAUAAGAUUUCGUUACAAGUUUUGAUUUUUUUUUAUUGUGACAAAGAAGAUUAUACACCUUCUACUCUGAUUGUAUUUUUAUUUUUAAGGUUGAAAGUUGAGAUUAUCUUAAUUGCUGCCUUUUUAGCUGUUUCAUAACUUUCUUUAUGACACUGAUUUUUUUAUUCUGUUGUUUGCUGAGGGAUGUAAUGAACAUUGAGGAAUGCUUCAAUGUGGACUGACAUUAUAAUUGAACAUGUUGUGUAAAACUGCAAUGAACAAUAAAAACAACAUGAAUACCAGAA